AUUCUUGUUUUUGUCUUGUGGUUAUUUGUUUUUGUUUACAUUUUCCGUGCGGUUUGGCGCAAUUUUAUCACAUUUAUCCUCAACUGCAGCUGUUUUCUAGACAUCAGAAUCAAAUAAGUUUCAAUUUUAAAGUACAGGAUCCAGCAUUCCAGCAUUUAGACAUAUUAAAUCUCAAACUUCAAACGCGACAGAAAAUGCAAUUGGGAAAGCGUGGUGCUCUGAUUGUCUUGGAGGGCUGCGACCGCAGUGGAAAAUCCUCGCAAAGUCGAUUGUUAUUUGAAUUUCUUUGCAAUCGCGGCGUGCAAGCGAAACACUUGGUUUUUCCAAAUCGCUCGUCGGAAAUUGGCGGCACAAUAAAUGCAUACUUAAAAAAUUCCAGAGAGUUAAAUGAUCAGGUAAUCCACCUACUUUUUACUGCCAACCGAUGGGAAUUCAAAAAAGAGAUUGAGGAUUUGCUCAAUGCGGGUACUACCUUGGUGGUAGAUAGAUACUCUUAUUCUGGUGUAGCGUAUAGUGUGGCAAAAGGCUUGGAUUUCGAUUGGUGCAUGGCACCAGAAAAAGGACUUAUACGCCCAGAUGCAGUUUUUUAUCUCAAAGCGCCGAUUGAACAAUUAAUGCAACGUGGAGAGUUUGGUGAGGAAAGAUAUGAGAAAAAAGAUUUCCAAUUAAAGGUGGCCAGCGUUUUCGACCGGAUUUGUGAAAAUCAGCAACAUUUCUGGCAUAAAAUCGAUGCAACUCAAACACAAGCCUUAGUAUUGGAAGAUUUGAGCACAAAAGUGUUGGAAGUUAUAGAGCAGGCGAAGGAUAAACCGAUGAAAGUGCUUUAACAUUCGGCCUUAAUGCAUUUAUUUUUUAAGUAUGUAUAUAUCUUUUCAAUAUCUAUUGGCUUCAUACUAUAUUUCUCUUGACGUACGAAUAUUCCUAAAAAAAAGCACAACUUAUCCCAGUUUUGCAACUUUAAACAUUUCCUUCCGAAAUUUUUGUAAUAGGCUGACAUAUUGCUACCAUACCUUAAUGAAAAUUGUUAAUAAUUU